GUGUGAAAAAUAGUCUGAGAUGGAUUCUUAUACAUCUUUAAUCAAACAUCAUGGCUCCUAAUCGCAUUCAAACUAUUACACAAGCGCGAUAAUUAUCAUUAAUUGCGAUUACGAUUCACUCAUAAUCAAGUGACUUUCACAUUUAUAUACUUCGUCGAGUCAACUGAACCAUCUAGUAGAAAAGUGUUUAGUUUAUCGGUCGGGCCAAUUCAAAGUUCAUUCCAUUGACUAUUUUGUAGCGCUAUUAAUGAGCGAAAAUGACCGAAAAUGCGAUUGUGCGGGUAUCCGAAGGUGAACUGAGAGGAAAAGUGUGCGCAAAUUGUACGGGAAAUGGAAGCUAUUUUAGUUUUCAAGGUAUUCCAUAUGCUCGACCUCCAUUGGGAAAGUUGCGCUUCAAGGCUCCUCAACCUCCAGAUAAAUGGACGGGGAUCAGAGACGCUACUCAAGAGGGCUCAGGAUGCUAUUCAAAAAGCCUCAUAACAAACGCCAUUGUAGGAUCAGAAGACUGUCUAUUUCUCAACGUGUACACUCCAAAGGUACGCAAGCUCCUUCAGGUGAAAGUGGGGAAAAAAAUUCCGGAAAAUUCCUUGCAGCUGGGCAGCAAAAAGGUUCUUCCUGUAAUGGUGUGGAUACACGGCGGCGGCUUCACAAAGGGCUCAGGAGGCACAGACUUGUUCGGGCCCGAUUAUUUAGUGGAAAAAGACGUUGUAUUGGUUACUCUCAACUACCGGGUUGGAGCUUUAGGGUUUCUGGCAUUUUCUGAUCCGUCCAUUGGAGUUCCGGGCAAUGCAGGCCUAAAGGACAUGGUGAUGGCCCUGAAAUGGGUGCAAAAGAACAUUAGCGAGUUUUGUGGGGAUCGGAAAAAUGUGACGAUAUUCGGAGAAAGUGCUGGCGCUGGAGCUGUUCACUUCUUGGUGCUGUCGCCCAUGGCCAAAGGUCUGUUUCAUAAGGCAAUAAUGCAAAGUGGUUCAGCUUUGGGUUCCUUCAUCCGAAGCAAACACAUAUUUACCUACGAACUAGCGCAAAAGCUGGGCAUAGAUAAUCAUAGCGACAAGCUGAUUUUAUCGGAGUUGCAAAAAGUCCCAAUUGAAGAACUAUUCAAAGCCAGUCAAGCCAUUUGGGAUUCGUUUUUGAUCAGCAACAUCAGGCCGUUUUGCCCAGUGAUUGAGCCCAAGUCCAAAGAACCAGGAUUUAUCACCGAAGAACCUUUGGAAUUGUUAAAGUCUGGACGAUACAAUAAAGUGCCAAUGAUUAUCGGUUACAAUACGCUUGAGGGCAUUUUCAUCUACGCCUUUAUGAAGGUUUUUGCGCGCCGGGGAAGCGACUAUUUCUUAUCGGACAUGAGUUUGGUGCCCUACACUUUAAACCUGCGGAUUAACAGUGAGCCAUUCAAGAGGGUAAGCGAGGAAAUUAGGAGAAUGUAUGGAAUAACUGGAGAAGAAAAUCUGAUGGUUAAAGCCGACAUGGAAAAGGGCAUAAAGCUGUACACUCACAACUAUUUCCUGACCGAUAUCUACAAGACCGCACUAAUUCACAGCAAAACCAGCAAGUUUCCGGUGUAUUUCUACAGGUUCGAUUUGGACACCGACCUGAAUUUCAUCAAAAAACUCGGGCAAGUUGAAACUAAAGGUGCUGGGCAUGCAGACGAUUUGCCAUAUUUCUUCAAAACCAUCCUCACCGACCAACCAAACGCCGACAGUCUGGAAUACAAACUGAUACAGAAAAUGACCAAACUGUGGACCAAUUUUGCCAAAGUUGGCAACCCCACGCCAGCGGGCCAGGACUUGGAAAUUAUGUGGAAACCCGCUAAGAAAGAUGAGUUCAACUUCCUUUCAAUGGAGAAUGAGCGGUUCAGGCUGCUGAUCGAUCCAGAGAAGGAAUUUGUGGAUUUUUGGCUGAACUUAUUCCGAAAGCACCAAGUACAGUUAUCAAAGCUGUAAUUUUUUAAGGGUGAUUUUGUCUGCAUAUUGAAAAUCUACGGGUAAUUGUCUGUUAACAGACGAGUAAGUUGGGUCAAAGUGCUAUGAAGGGUUCCAACCGUUUUAUUAUAUUUUUUGGAGCUUU